GGCAGGCACAAAGUACACAAAAUUUAUUUGGAGUGCUUUGUUAACAGUUGUAAACAUUAAGUUAAAUGACAAACAAUCGUCUUGAAAAGAGUAGAUAAUUUAUUAGCUCUGUUGGUAUCUACAACGAAUCACAUGUACAAGAUGAGUGGCAGGCACAAAGUACACAAAAUUUAUUUGGAGUGUUUUGUUAACAGUUGUAAACAUUAAGUUAAAUGACAAACAAUCGUCUUGAAAAGAGUAGAUAAUUUAUUAGCUCUUUCGGUAUCUACAACGAAUCAUAUGUACAAGGGUUCAUCUUGUAAUAAAAGAAUUAUUCACUGAUGAGUUAAACAACUUUUAUCAUGACGGGAUCAGUUUAUAUAACCCUCUUGAUACUAACGUUGACGACAUUUGCACAUAAAUGUCAAAUAGAACGACACGCGGAUCAAAUAAUUGCAGAUUGCACCAGACUUGAAUUAAAAAAUGUGCCGACAGGUUUACCGGUAGACAUCUCAGGUCUUGAUCUGAGCUACAAUCAGAUUUCCACGAUAAAAAAGAAAGCCUUUGAAUCUUUGUCAAAUUUGACAGCUCUGACGAUGGAUUUUAACAAUAUUCAAACUAUAGAUGGUGAUGUCUUUAAUGGUUUGGAAAAUGUACGAUGGCUCUCAAUGAAGCACAAUCAACUUAACACAUCUUCUAAAAUAUUUGACAAUGUAUUUAAACCGUUAUCACAACUGAAACACUUAGACAUCAGAUACAAUAUAAAUAAAAGGUUUAAUCAAUCAAAACCAAUGGUUUAUCCUUACUUUGGAAACCUGCCUAAAGUAACCGAUUUAUAUAUGGAUCUUGCACAAAACCCUGUAUUCAAAUUAAGUGGAUUCGAGAAAAUAAUAAACCUGAGCACAAUAAGAUUUGGAAAAUGCUAUUUGAACCAGAUGUCUAAUGACACCUUAGUAGAUUUACCACCAACUAUUACUUCAAUCUACUUUCACGAGUGUUUCGGUACAAUAACGAUUGUAGAAGCAGAUUUUUUAAAGCCGUUUCCAUCACUUAUGAUAUUCAAUAUGGAAGGAGUUGCUAUACAAUUAGAAGAUGCUUUAAAACUUCUUUAUCCUUUUGCAUAUAAAAGAAUGACUUCCAUCAUAUUCAAAGACAUUAGAUCUCAUUUUCCUAAACCUGUUUUCUUAUCUCACGAUAUGAUUACUUAUUUGUUACAUAUUUGUGUUAAAACCUUAGUUUUAGCAGAAAGUGAAAUUAUAGGAUAUGAGAAAGGUCUUCUACUUGAUUUUGAAUCUCCCCAAUGUCUCGAAAAUGUUGUUUUAUCUGGCAAUCGAUUUUCAAUAGCAUUAGGUCCUCAUUUGCAGGAGCUAAUGAGAAUUAUGAAGACGACGAUCAAUUUGAAAUUUUUUGACUUGUCGUAUAAUGCAAUUAACUUCAACCAUAUUGAAUACUGCAACUUAAACGUGCUGGAAAAUCCUUCUUAUAGAAAGGAAGUAUAUAGAGAAGGAUGCCAAAUUAAAUCUGAACCUCCAAAUGAAUAUACAAAUUACAACUCAGUAUUAGAAAAGGCUCAAAUGGUUGAUGAACCUACAUUCACGAUUUAUUUACCUGCCAAUCUUACUUUUCUUCGUGUUUCCCAUUAUAUGACAUCGUAUAUACAAACGGGACAAAAGUUAUUUUUUGCGAAUGUCAAUAACCUCAGAUACGUAGAUUUUUCAUACUGGAAGAUAAAGCAGUUUCCAGAAAUAUAUUCCGUUACUCCUUUUAAUGUGAAAUAUUUGGACAUUUCUGGACUUAACUCAACGAUACUUAUUCAUGAGACGUCAGUACCUUUUUUUCAAAAUGUCCAAACAGCUAUUUUAAAAAAUGCAAUGCUUGGUCUUACGACUGGAAAAACUGGUAAAAUUUUCAAACUAUUUCCGGACGUGAAAAAACUAGAUAUAUCUUACAACAACUUAUGGUAUCUGGAUGAAGAUGCCUUUGAAACAAACUUGAAUUUGUCAAUUGUUAAUAUAGCACACAAUUUACUGCCUGCUAUACCUAUAGCUGUGAUAGAUUUGCCCUACUUAAAUAAAUUGGAUUUAAGUUACAACCGCCUUCAAACCAUUAAUAAAACAUUCAGAGACUGGAUGGAUAAGAAAAGUAAAAUCUAUGAAGGGACGUUUAAUUUAUUUAUAGAAGGGAACAGUCUGAAAUGUACAUGCGAAACUUCUGAUUUUAUAAGGUGGCUUUUCAACACAAAUGUUGUUUUUGAUCGGGUCAAUAAAAAUUUCAGCUGUACAUUGACAAAUGGAUCAGGAGGUAACACAAUUGAUGUCUACAAACGAUUUCAUGAACACUUUAGCAACUGCAAUAGCAAACAUUGGUUGCUCGUAGGAAUUGGACUUCUUGUCGCAUUUGUUAUUUUCACUGUUCCGUUUGCAGUUAUUUUUAAUUUCAGAUGGAAAAUAACUUUUUGGAUAUAUCGGAAAUUUAAGAGAGUCGUAGAACAUAAAUUAGAGAAAAAAUUUAAUUAUGACAUUUACUUGUCAUAUGCAGAUGACAUGCUACAGUGGAUUCAGGUCGAUUUUCUCCAGAGAAUUGAGAAUUCAUGGAGCAUGAAAGUAUGCAUAGAGGACCGCGAUUUCCAAAUUGGACUAACCAAAGCAGACGAAAUAGCACAUGGUAUUGCUGGUAGCAAACAUGCAAUUAUUAUUCUGUCUGAGUCGUACCAGGACAACGAGUGGAACAAAUUUGAAAUCGAAAGAGUCAAAUUCGAAAAAUGCAGAAAUUAUUUGCAAAAGAUAAUCAUCCUUGUAAAAGAAGCUACAGCCUCAUGCGUUCCACAGGAACUAGACGACAUUCUACAAAAUGUCACUAUAAUAGAAUGGGAUGACAACGAGACUGGCUGGGACAAACUGCGAAUGGCAUUGUUUACUGAUUCCUUUUAAUUCAACAUGUUCAUGAAAGGUAUAAAUCAUAAACAAUGUGAAAUUGACCAAAAACCACUUCUGACGGUACAUUAUGUUAAACAUGCAGCUAAAAAACAUUGAAAGUGUAUCUUUGCCUAAUCAUUGCUUUACAACAAGACUUUUCUUUCUUCUAUGAUAUUAGGGUAUAUUAAGUAUAAGGCAUAUGUAAAACAAAAAUCCAUAUAUGUCAAGCUGACCAGAAUGUAUUUGCAGGAAGUCUAUUAUUGAUAUUAAUUGUAAAGAAAUCCCCAAUCCAAGUGGGUACUUCAAAAUUUUAUAUACUUUAUACUUUGAUUAAGCUGUUAGCAUUUACGAUUGUAUUGUCAUACACGACGAUUAAGGUAAAGUAAUAAAAUAUAUCACAUUGUUUUAAAGACUUUAAAGGUAAAACAAGAAACAAAU